UCAUUCUUUUGGUUUUGUUUUAUAGUGUCCUGAUGCCUUGUGAGGUCACUUAAUUCUAGUUGCUGUAUUCUGGUUCUUAAAGAAUGGAUUUUCGGUCAUCCUCCUUCUGGUCUGAUUUUCUUUGGAGGUCAUCUUUCAUCCCCUUUGCCUCAUCUCUCAUCUCCUUUUGCCUCAUCUUUAAUCUUCUUCACCUCAUCUUUCAUCUCCUUUGCCUCAUUUUACCGCUGGUUGAUUUUGGCUUUUAAGACACUAUUUUCUGUUUCCAGAUGAUUUAUCUUAGUUUUUAAGUUCUUUUCCCAAUUGUCUUCAGCCUCUCUUACUUGUGUUUUGAAUUGCAUUUUGAGUUCUUCCAAAGCCUGUAUCCAAUUUGCUGGGAUUUCUGAUUUUUCCUUUGCUGAUCCCUCCCCCUCUGUUUCGUACACUCUUUGCUUGUUACCUGUACAGAAGCUGUCUAUUGUAAUUUCUUUCUUCUUUUUCUGUUGUUUGCUUGUGUUAACCCCUUCUUUGCUCCCCAUAUUUGUCUGUGCUCUUACUCCUCUCAUUGUUUUUUGUUUUGGGGCUGUCAGUCUCCCCUCUUGGAGCUUUGUCAGAUCUCUUAGUACAGUCUCUGGGGGAGGAAUGUUGGCUUCCCUGUCCUCUGGAGGCUUUUAAUCCGAUUAAGUUCAAGUGGUUUGACCUGAUUGUACUCUGAGGCUGAAGACUCCUAGAAGGUAGGUGCCAUCCAGGCUCUCUCCAGUUCUCUCUAGCUGCUUCUCCACUGCCUCUGUUCUACGAUCUGAGCCUGGCACAGCACUGUCCGCAAGGUAUGCCAGUGCCUUUGCAAGCCCAGAGUUUCCUGUCCUUGUGGAGGCCCUGCACUAUGGGGGGUAGGGGGGUGUUCCCUGGCCUCCCUGAGCUCUGAGGACCCCUAAUGGGAUUAGGUUCAACUGGGUUGGUCUGGAUAUGCAAAACCUCCAGUGAGACUGAAGCCAGAUGGAAGGACCCAGCCAUGGGGCUGCAGGCUCUUCGGUCUCUCUCUGGCUGCUUCCCUGCCGCCUGUGUUGGAAGCUCUGAGCCUGGCCCAGGUUACUCUCAAGGUACACCCUCCAGACCAGCACCAUUGCCUGCCCAGAGGUUCCUGCUGCCGCUGGGGGUGCAGUGCUCUGGGUUGGGGGGGGGGGGUCCUGGGACCUUCCUUCUGCCUUCCCCUUAGACCCUAGUAUUCUCGGAUUCCAGAUUUUGGGGGACGUACCUUUUGAUCUGAGUCCAGAAGGAGGGUUCCCCGCUUCUGUCCUAUUGUUAAUUUUAAAUUUCAGUCCCCUAGGAGCAUUCAGUUUGUGAUCAGUAAGGAAGGGUUUUCAGAGAUCUGAACUUUUGCUGCUUCUAAGCCGCCAUCUUGACUCCACCCCCCCAAUUUUCCCCUUUCUUGCUUGCUUGCUUUUUUGGGUUUUUUUUUGCAAUAAGGCUAAAAAGGAAUGUUUUGUACAACUGCAUUUGUGUAAUUGAUAACAUACUGCUUGCCUUCUCAGUGGGUUAGGAAGGAGCAGGAAUGAAGGAGUGAAUUUGGAACUCAGAAUUUUAAGUAAACAAAUAUAAAUGAACAAAAAUGGGGAAAAAGUGAAUUGGAGGCCAAGUGGAUUCAUUAAGAAGCAAUUAUAAUAAUCCAGGAAAAUGAGGUCAUAAUGAAAGCCUCUACUAUGGUGAGGGGAAGACUGGAUAUAAAAAGCAGAGAAGUGAAAGGUGGGAUAUUGUAGAAGUGGAAAGGACUUCAGAACUGACUGAAUAUGAAAAUCAGUUAAAAGGCAAAGAUUAAACCAUUGUAAUUAUGGGAUAUGGGAGACAAAAUAAUGACAGAAACAGUAAAGGACAAAGCAGGAGAUCUGGGAAGAAAAUAAGCUCAAUUUUAGACAUUCUGAGUUGACAGAAUAAUGGGACAUCCAAGUGGAGAUGUCCUUUAUGCACCUGAGAAGGUCCCGCUCUCAAGGAGCUUACAUUUUAUUAACUGUAUCUUAUCCUUAUCAAAGCUAAAGAUGUGGAAGUAAACGAGAGGGAGGUAAUAGUUUCAAUGUAUGCUAUCCUAUUCAGAACGCACCUAGAAUGUUGUGUUCAAUUCUAAGCAUCAUAUUUUAGGGAGGGCACUAAGAAGCCAGAGCCCAUCCAAAUGAGAGUAACUAAUCUUCAACUUGUUUCUACAAUCAUUAAAUACUUUCUAUACGACAAGAGGGAAGGAUACAGAAACAAACAAAAAAUAAAAAUCCCCACACUACGCAAUCCGUAGCUGCAAGGAAUUUACGUCCCUGUGAUGAUGAACAAACCUCAGAUUAGCCUAAGUAUCAAAUGAAAGAAAUAGAGGUAUUUAUGGAAAAAAAGGGAAGGCUGAGGUGAGAAAGAAGGAAAUAUGAUCACUGCUUUCAAAUAUGUGAGGAUAUAGAGGUCUCUUGUUCUGUUGCCUCAGGGGCAAAAGUUGAAGGGAGGCAAAAUUAGGGACAAAGUAGAGAAAAACUCUAAGACUGAAAGCUUUUUAAAAGUGGAAUGGGGGGAGGGGGGAGCAGCUGAAUAGCUCAGUGGAUUGAGAACCAGGCCUAGAAACGGGAGGUUCUAGGUUCAAAUCUGACCUCAGACACUUCCUAGCUGUGUGACCCUGGACAAGUCACUAAUAACCCAAUAAUGGGUUAUUAGGGAUAUUAAGUGUGUUCUCUCUCAAUAGAGGCUUUCAAGCAGAGGAGAGAAUAUUCUUGUUUGGGUAAAGGUCACUUAGACAAGAUUGGCCAGUAGAAUCCUGAGAUUAUUUUGGGGGGAAGAGAAUGUUCAAAAAUAUAACAGUCAAGGAUAAACUCUAGAGAACAUCAGGAAACAAAAGAGUCAGUGAAAGAAAGAGAAAGAGAAGAAUCAAGAAAGUAAGGUAUCUGAGGCUAAGACAGGCUUAGAUCAUCCAGAAGGAAGGCAUGAUUAGUAAUGUCAAAAGCUCUUUAAAAAAGUCAUGAAAAUAUAAACUGAGGCAAAAGCCAUUGUUAAUCUUUAAAAUUAUUUCUCAAAAGAAAAUUUACUUCUCUCUUUAGAAUGUAAACUCAAGGUGAGGGAUAGUUUCUUUUCUUUAUGCACACUUAAAAAGUGUGCUAAGCAAAGUCAGUGCUUAAGAGUGAAGAAAGACUAUGUUAUGAAAAAGUGGUAACUCUGUAGGGUCUGGUAAAGCAGGCCACACAGGGCAUCCUCCCUCAUUCCCUCUCCAUUAGCUUAAUCCUUGCCCAGAUCCCACUGAGCCUCAAAUGGCUAAGUAGAAUGUACUGGGGGAGCCCAUACUCUUUGCCCUACUCUUGCCUUCUGCUCAGAUCCCACUGGAUUUCCUCUUCCCCAAAACCUUCCUGUCAAUUUCUCCUUUCCUGCUUCAGGAUGAACACCAAGUCCAGGAUUUAUUCCCCUUUAUCACUGUUUGUGAGCUGGGCUCCAGCUUCCCAAACCAGAUGAAGGACGGACAUGGCUACUCACACUGAUUCUAUGAGCAGGGAGUUAACAGAUAUAAUCUUUCCAGUCAAACUGUGAACCACUAGGCCUUACCACCUUCCCUGUUGCUGCAUACUCUAGAAUCUCAUGCAUUAAUAUCUGUUAUUGUUGCUACAUCCCAAGGACACAGGACUUUUCCAUUUAUCCUGAAGUGCACCCUCCUAUGUGUUGUCUCCCUUAAUUAAAAUUUGAGCUCUUGGAAAAAGACUUUCUGAUUUUCUAUUUGUAUCCUUAGCAGGCAACACUAUUUUUAGCAUAUAGUAAGAACUUAAAAAUGCAGGUAUACACAAACAUUUCAAGAAUUUUUGUCUUGAACCAAAAAGGAAUGACAUAUAGUUGGAUGAGAGAAAGGUUAAGGGAUGGCAAUAGGUUGAUGGGAAGGAGCUGGUGAGAAAGAAUAUUUAAAGAUACAUGAAAGAGAAAGGAUGACAAGAUGAAGUAAGAUUCUGGAGGGUAUGAGCUCAAGAACACAGGAUUAACUUUUUUUUAAGCCCUUACCUUCUAUCUUAGAAUCAAUUUUAAGUAUUGGUUCCAAGGCAGAAGAGUGGUAGUUAGGAAGUAUCUGAGGACAGAUUUGAACCCAGGAUCUCCCAUCUCUAGGCCUGGCUCUCUAUCCACUGAACCACCUAGCUGUCUCUAGAAGGAUUGAUUUUAACAAGGAAUAAGGAUAUAAUUUGUCUAAGGUGAAAGCAAAAAGAAAAAAGAAUGUGUGAUAAUUCUCAAAAGUUUUGAACAGUGAAAGAUGAUAAUUGAGGGAAAUAUCUUCUGAAGACAAUGUGCUCAGUGAAAUAGAAGGCUAAAUUGUUUACUACAAAAUACUGGUGGGGUCAGAGGUAGUCAAAUUAGCAGUGAGUUUGGAAUUUUUAUAUUGAAUGACUUUGCUCAAAAAAUAGAAGUGGAAGAAGUGGUGAAAAGAUGAGGCAAAAAAAGCUGUUUCAUAUCUUUCACUUGUGGAUAGAACAGUACUAUUAAGGAUGAACAGUACUAGUGGAGUUGUUUGGGAUAAGGAGUGUUUAGAUUUGCCCAGAGUCACAGAGGGGUAUCUGAGGAAGUAUUUGAUCCACACACUUCACUGCCUCUCUUCUUCUCUACAUGAUUAUUAAUGACAUUUUCUAUUUUCUAAGAGUUUAACUGAAAGGUGGGGAAGGGGAGGAAAACAUGUGCACACACACACAAAAUUGAUGAUGUGACUACUAUUAAUAAGAUUAAGCAGAGGGAAAGCUAGGUGGUACAGUGACUAGAGCACCAGUCAUGGAGUUGGGAAGAUAUGAGUUCAAAAUGGCCUCAGAUAAUUCCUAGAUGUGUGACUCUAGGCAAGUCACUUAACCCUAAUCGCCUAGUCUUUACCACUCUUCUGCCUUGGCAAUAUUUGGCAAGGGUUAAAAAAAAAAAGACAGAAACCAGUAUCACAAAUUCUCACAUCUCCAGUAGCACUUCUAAAGAACUUGUUAAAUGUAAUUGGUAUUCAUAAUUCUUUAAAUAUAUUUCCUUUGGGGUAGCUGGGUAGCUCAGUGGAUUGAGAACCAGGCCUAGAUAUGAGAAGUCCUAGGUUCAAACUUAGCAUCAGACACUUCCCAGCUGUGUGACCCUGGGCAAGUCACUUAAUCCCCAUCGCCUAGACCAUACCAUUUUUCUGCCUUGGAACCAAUACACAGCAUUGAUUCCAAGAAGGAAGGUAAGGGCUUUAAAUAAAUAAAUUAGUAAAAUUCAAUCAAAGUACAUAUAUAUGUACAUAUAUGUACACACACACACACAUAUAUACAGAGAGAGUGAGAGCGAGAGAGAGAGAGAAAGAGAGAAAGAGAGAGAUUUUUUUUAAUAAGGCAGCUGGAGGGAGGCCACAUAUAUGUUUCAUUAUAUCCUUCCUUAUAUUAAUUAUGCCAUUCACUUUCUUAAUAAAACAUUUUUUCCUACUGCUACACAAAGUUCUACUCUAAUGCUUCCUGUAAUCGAGUAAAGAUAAUCUGGGGUUACUGAAGGCUAUGCCAGUGGAACAAAAGUUCUGGCAGGUUUUGUUAAAUUGGAAGACUGAGUAUGGUCCCAGCAACAGAAUGCUUUGCAGGAUGGUCACUUGGUACUAUUUUGAUGACAGCAACCCAUAAAAUAAAAACAAAUACAAAAUUCUAUUUCUGUAGUGAUAGUGGCAGAAUGGCUGAAAAGAGGUUAGAGGGUUAAGAAUCACAAUCUCUUUGACCAUCUGGAAAUAUUAACUUAGCUGUUAGAACUUUAUAUAUGAACUCCUUAUCCAAUGUUCAGAGAAAGGAUAUACCCCAAGAAGAACCAAAUAGAAGCAAGCAUGACAUUCUUGCUACCAACUAAACCAGACAACAAAAGGAAGUUGAAACUAAUUGGAAUGCUCACAGAUUCUCUUUAGAGGAGCACAUAAUGAAGUUUUAGCAGAGCUGAUUCUAUCAUAUAUCUAGAAGCAACUAGAAAUAUCAUCUCUUAUUAUAGGUUUCAUAUAUUUGCAAAAACCACCAACUACAGCUUAUAUUUAACAUCUGCUGCCAAGGAGGAAGAGAGAAAGAAAUUCUAUGAUGUGUUUGAUAAGAUGCUCUAACGUCAAUCAACACAUACAUCUGGUAUUCAAUAAUUUCAAUGAAGUAUGACACAGAAAUUAGGAUAGUGAGUAUGGAAAAUAUAGUUCAACACUAAGGAAUGAGACAAGAGGGCGAAAGACUGCCUGAAAUCCUCACAACUCUAUACCAUACAUACCUGAGGAAGGCACUGGACAUUAUAUGUAAUUUUUUAAAAAUUAAAUUGAUUUGAACAGGUGCUGAAUAUCUCAAAAAUGACAUGACUCAUUCCUGAGUCAAAAGAUCUGUGCAAUCAGAUUACUGACAUAUAUAUAAAAAAAUCAAGAAGAGCUGGGUGGCCUGACCAUGGCGCUCAACAGGAACCACUCGGAGAGCGGAGUGAUUGUCAACAAUACAGAGAACAUAAAGUGAGGAAAAAAGAAUGAAACUGGGUAAAAGGUACACACCAAAUUAACAGGUUUACAGUACAUUUUCUAGGGCAGCAUUAGUGAAGAUGUGACACCUGUGCAGAGCUGGCACUUGGGGAGCUGCUGUGUUCCCUCUCUUCCCAAUACCCAGGAAAAUUUAUUGCAUGCCCCACCCCUCUGUCCAGCCACCCAAAACAAGCACUUUCUCCCACAAUUCCCUCUGGUAAUCUGGGGGCUCACAGAAAGCUUGAAUUUGCCCUCUGGGCACUCUAACUCAGAAAAGGUUUGCGUCAACAAUACAGAGAACAUUCUAAUGACCGAUGAUCCUGUGGAGCUCUCCUUCAGUGACAUGGAUCAUAUGACAGAUCCCUUCAAAGGAACCAAGAAAGACAGCCUCUAUUUAACUCCUUACAGAGUCAUUUUUCUGUCCAAGGGGAGAGAUUCCAUGCAGUCAUUCAUGAUUCCAUUUUACCUAAUGAAGGACUAUGAGAUCAAGCAGCCUGUGUUUGGUGCAAAUUACAUCAGGGGAACAGUGAAGGCAGAAGCAGGAGGUGGCUGGGAAGGAUCAGCUGUUUACAAAUUGACCUUUGCAGCAGGAGGUGCCAUUGAGUUUAGACAGCGAAUGCUACAGGUCACCUCCCAAGCUUCCAGAGGCAAAGUCCCUAAUGGAGCUUACGGAUACUCUUACAUGCCCAAUGGAGCCUAUGCUUUUCCCAUGCCAGCUGCCAAUGGAAUGUACCCAAACCCUCCAAGCUAUCCCUAUGCUUCACCUCCACCUGAGUUUUAUCCAGGACCUCCUAUGAUGGAUGGAGCUAUAGGGUACAUACAGCCCCCACCACCUCCAUAUCCUGGGCCCAUGGAGUCACCUGUUGCAGGUGGCCCUGAUGUACCAUCUACUCCUGCAGCUGAAGCAAAAGCUGCUGAAGCUGCUGCCAGCGCCUACUAUAAUCCUGUCAAUCCCCAUAAUGUCUACAUGCCCACGAACCAGCACCCACCACCUCCAUACUACCCCCCAGAGGACAAGAAGACCCAGGAGAUGCAGCUACAGUCUCCUCAUCACUCACCUGGUCCCUUAUUCCCCCAGAGCUGAGUUUGGAUUUGGUGGGGAGGCUUUUGUCAGAGCUGGCCUUUCCCUCUAGGUCUGUGUGUAGUUAGCAGUAACAAACAUGGAGAGAAAGGGAGUAGCCUGUGAGAGUUCCAGCUGGCCUAGAGACACUGAUACCUCUCCUCCACCUUCGUCAAUGGAACUUUCCACUGGAGUGGCCAUUUCCAAUUUACUCCUAUUGCAUUAACACAGCAUCCCAUAAAGGAGGGAUGGUUCCUGUCCAGCUUCUCAUCUUCUCCCCAGAACUCUUAUUUUUUCAUUCAUUUUGGACUAUACUUGUGGCUCCUCCCAGCUCAGAUCAGCAGAAUUAUCUUUCUCCUAGCCCUGGGAAGUUGGUUUGAACUCAUGGCCUAAAGGUCCCCUUCCAGUUCCUAUCCACAUUCCAUCACCACUCUCCAGCUACGAAGCCUAGUCCAAGUUUCCAGUGUGAUAUAAGAUUGGACAGUGGCUUGCCCUCAAGAGCCCCAUCUUUUCUAUUCCUCUCCCUUUGGGGUGUCACACCUGUUCAGAUUUCCCUGUUUGUUUUUUUUUUUAUAGCCCCACCACUUGUUGUGGGUUUUGAUUGUGAGCCUGGGAUACCCAGGGUGGAUAUCCAGGGGGAGAGGGGGAGGGAAGGGAGGAGAAUAAAGGGAAGACUGCUCAGCUGGGGAGAAAACAUAUAAAUGAUUGCUUGGCUUUGCUCCCUUGUAUUCCUAACUCAUGCUUUUAGAGGGUCUUGAGGAUCCCUCCUGUGCUCUGUGGGCUGCCUAGGCUCAGAGCUAAAGAUUGCACAACCUUUCCCACCCUCCUUAGGGCUCCUCGCUAGGUGGAAAUCAGGUGUAUUUGGGGCCUGGUUUAGUCCUGAGUAAAAAGAAUCUGUUGUCAGUCCCAAUUCAGUUCUCAUCUCUUUAAGCUUCAUGCACCUGAUUGGUGACUCUCCCCUGGAUGCACUAAACUUCCUUUGAUUUCCUCUUACUGGCCAAAGUGUGAGAAGAUCUUUAUUUAAAGAGAACUCCCUAUUUAUAUGAACAAAAAUCCAGUUAAUAUAUUAAUGUGAAAUAAACCCUCUUCCACCUUGAUUUGUUUGCCAAAACUAUGAUGUAGUAAAGAUGAAGUAGUUUGAAAAAAAAAUCAAAACUGAAUACAAAACUAGAACAAUAAAAUUGAAAAAAUAUAUGGUAUGAAAAUAGAACUCUAACGUGAUCAAUUUAAAAGUGCUAAAAGAGGUUGGAAAAUAAUGGCUAGAGAAAAUGACACUGACACCAAUUAUUAACAAUAGCAUAUGAAAGUUUAGCUGAUAUAAAUCAUUUUUAUAAUGAGUAAAUCAAAAGAGGUCCUAGGUUCAAAUGUGACCUCAGAUACUUCAUAGUUAUGUGACUGCAAGCAAGUCAACUGCCUCAUUUUUUACUGCUCUUCUGAUGUGGAACAAAUACUUACUGUGUAUUCUAAGAUAGGAAGGGCUUAGAAAACACACACACAUGUUAUCUUCCAUGAAUCUAUUAAAUUUAUACAAGAUUUCCAGAAAAACUUUAUCUUGUUGAAAGCCCUUGUGAUUAUUAAUAUCAAGAAAGACAAAAAAAGGGAAACAUAUUUGAUACUUAUAUUUGUUUGCUACUCUCAGAAAGGAGACCCAGUCUAGCACUUAAGUUGAAGAGGUAUUAUUCUCUUUAGAUGGUGAGGUCCUACAAUUUUAGAAUGAUAUUGUGCUCUAGAACAGAAGUGUCAAACUCUUGGGGUGGAAUACUCCCUAGACCAGAUUAAAAUGUCACUGAGAAAUGUUAAACAAAAUAAAUAAUACCACACAGAUAAUGUUAAUUUGUGAUUUUCUAAGUCAAUAUGGGGUUCCAGUUCCACUUGAGUUUAACAUUACUGUCUUUGAACAUUGCACAGCCCACUAAAUUAUAUUCAGAAUCUAUUCAAAAGGUUAGUUUAACUAUUCACACAGGCAAAACUAUAUGGAUGAUGAAUAUUCAUUGUUUAGACUGUAAUAUUUAAUUGGAGGGAGAACCUAAUGAACUGUUCAUUAAAAUCUAUUCUAUUCAUUAGAACACAUGUCUUGGAGAGUCACUGAAAAGAGACAAAGAGUUUGGCUCAGAAGAGAACAAAGAGAGGGAAAAUGGGGGAGCCUUUGGGGGUUACAAAGUACUUUUUUUUUUU